AGGACCUGGAAGGUGCCUGGCAGUUGGCGAUUAGACCUGGUCACAGAUUCAGGGAGCUUGUUCGUGGCGGUGGUGAUGGUGUUGGGGAAAUGGAGAGGGAGAGGCAAGGAAGCUGAGGAACAGAUCGAAUCAAUAAUCACCAAAAAGGUGCAUCCCAGAGAAGAACCCAUCUCAGAUGAUUUCAGAUCCUAAAUCCUGACAGAGCUUUAUGGAGCCCAGUCCUUGCAGGCUCCCUGAACUUGAAGCCGCCAGACCCCACAUGGAAGCAAGGGCCUCAUGUCCAGCUGCUGCACCCUUGGUGGAGAGACAGUUCCAUGUUCUUGUGGGUGUCACUGGGAGUGUUGCAGCUCUGAAGUUGCCUCUUCUGGUGUCAAGGCUUUUGGACAUUCCUGGCCUGGAAGUAGCAGUAGUGACAACUGAGAGAGCCAAACAUUUCUACACUCCCCAGGAUGUUCCUGUCACCCUCUACAGCGAUGCUGAUGAAUGGGAGAUGUGGAAACGCCGAUCUGAUCCAGUUCUCCACAUUGACCUGCGGAAGUGGGCAGAUCUGAUGCUGGUGGCCCCUCUUGAUGCCAAUACUCUGGGGAAGGUGGCUAGUGGCAUCUGUGACAACUUGCUUACCUGUGUCAUCCGGGCCUGGGACCGCAGCAAGCCUCUGCUCUUCUGCCCAGCGAUGAACACCGCCAUGUGGGAGCACCCCAUCACUGCUCAGCAGGUGGGCCAGCUCAGGGCCUUCGGCUAUGUUGAGAUUCCCUGUGUGGCCAAGAAGCUGGUGUGUGGAGACCAAGGUCUGGGGGCCAUGGCUGAGGUGGGCACCAUUGUGGACAAAGUGAAAGAGAUUCUCUCCCUGCACGGUGGCUUCCAGCAGAGUUGAACCCAGGAUUUCUGUCGUGUGUGUCCCUCUGCACUCAGCGUGUUUUCAGGCCAAGUUGGUGAAGAAGAUGGAUGUUGGCAAAAUAUGAUGAAGAGUCCUGCAUUUGCUGAGUAGGGGUCCAGCCUGGGCCUGCUCUGGAGCCUCCGGAGGGGUCUGACUUGCCCCAGGUUAAACUAGACCAAAGGCCCAGGUCUCAAUUCCUUCCCACUUAGAAGACACUCACUUUCUGGAGCCCCUCCCCACCUUGUCCUGGGAUGGGCAUAGCAAGCAAGAGGAGCAAGCUGCUGUAUUGUCCCUGUGCUCUGGGAGAGGGACCGAGGAGUGACUGAAAAACCUUGAUUCUACGUUGUGCCCAAGAGCUGCUUUUAGAAACAGCCAAAGCUGAAGAUCCCCAGCAUGGUGGGCCCCUGGCCAGGCCUUUGGAGCUUCAGCUCCUUGGUAGGGUGCCCAAGUACCACGCAGAGUCAGGGAAGCCUGUGAGUUGGCAAGUCCCUGAGAUUCCCCAGAGACCAUGCCGUGAGAUCAGGGGUACUGGAGAAUAAAGUGACCAUUUAGGAGACUCUGUCCUUCCUUUAUAGCCCCUCUGUGGUCUCAGAGAUUGGAGGCAUUGCUAGGUAUGGCUGGGGAAGGGUCUGGGCUGAUGACUGACUGGCACUCCUUAGUCCCCAUAUCAUGUGGUGGUUAAGGCCAAAGGACUCUGAAGCCAGACAGCCCCUAGUUCAAGUCCCAGCUCUGCCACAUACUAGCAGUGGGACCUUGGCUCAGAGCUCAGCCUUUCAGACCCUCACUUUCCUCAUAUGUGUUAUCAUCCAACUCUCAUGGAGUGUUGAAAGGAUUAACACCCCACUGAGUGCCUCGAUGUCAAAUAAACAGAAGUUAAAGCUAGAUAUGUAUACAUACCAGUGAGCUUUCUCAACAUUUACUGAAAUAGACUGUCUCAUUUUAGGAAAAAUAAAAUCCUGACCCUAGCUGAUGUGGCCUUUAUGCAAGUGAUAGGUGCCCAGCCAGCAACGUUGGAAUCUGCCCUAGAACCCAGGCCCCUUGCUUCCUGGUGUUGUCCUCAGCAGCUUUGCUGUGCCUGAGAUGGGGCCUGGGUGUCUGUCUCUCCCCUCCCCCCAUGUGAACUGGGGAAGUAGAUUCCAGAGAGACACGUGCUCUGUCCUAGAAACCCUCCACUGCCCUGCCUUUGACCCAGUUGCUGUUUGGUGGCUGCGGUGGGGAGGGGCUUCUUUGCUUGUUUGGUGCUGAGGUUGAAGCUGGCUUCCUGCCCUCCUGCCUUCUGGGCCAGGGGUGAGUGGGCACCCCAUGCAUACCUGUGGACCACUGAGGGUAGAGGUGCCUUUGAGGGGCACCAGGAAGCCUGCUUGCUGGAACCUAGGUCUCCAGCAGCCUCCAAGAGCCUUUAUCUCUACAGCACUUGACUUAAUCAAAUGAUCCUUUGGGAUAAAAUAGCCUUAGGUCACUAAAGAAAAUAUAGCUAAAAUAGUAGCAUCAAGAACCAACCUCUUUGGCUGGUUGGGGGUCAGGCAUGGGGAGGGCCUGGUAACUGAAAUCCAGAGACAAUCCCAAAGUUCCAUUUAAAUGGUUUCCAGCUUCCCUCCUCGUGUCCACAUCACCCUUCCUCUCAGCAAACUGCUAGUGAAUGGUGAGGCUUUCCAGUGUUCACAGAAAGUGCUACCAUUUACUGAGUGUUUAUCGUGUGCAAGGCUCUGUGCUGGGCACCUUAGGGAAGACAGUUGCUCGGGAGACCUGCUACAAAAUACCUGGUUUAAAAGGCCACAGAGGCAGAC